AUCAAAGAGCUGUGAUGAGAAGCCACAUAAAGGUCAGGCCUGAUGGGCCAUCACUGAUAUGACCAACUCUCUGUCAAUCAUGGCCGAGCAGGAGCCCACACCAGAGCAGCUAGCUGCAAUCGCAGCCGAGAACGAAGACAGCGAGGCUGUCAACUACAAGCCGCCGGCCCAGAAGAGCCUUCAAGAAAUCCAGGAACUCGACAAAGAUGACGAAAGCCUCCGCAAGUACAAGGAGGCACUGCUGGGCAACUGCAAUGCUGUUGCAGAUCCCAACAUUACCAACGUUCAGGUGACACGGCUAACUCUUAUGUGCGAGACGGCUCCAGCCCCGCUGACCCUUGACCUGCAAGGUGAUCUGGAGUCCUUUAAGAAGCAGUCGUUUGUGCUGAAAGAGGGAGUGGAGUACAGGAUAAAGAUCAGCUUCAAGGUUAGAUGA